CAGUUCGGAGCCAGCUCGGCAAGCGUGUUACAGAUGGAAUUACACACAAUAGUUUCAUCGUAUUCCCUCUCACUGGUGGUAUUCGCCAAUAAAAAUGACAACACAAUGAAAUAAUUCUAUUAAAAAUAAUCAUCAAAUUUAUUCGGCGACAUAAUUUUUUUUCCAUUAUUUUCAAUUUAGUUGAUUGUUUUGCAUUUAAAUUGUACCAGUUUUAUAUACCAUAUAGUAAUUUGAAUAUAUUCUGAUCCGAACGCACUUUGUGUGUGGCCUGACUAUAAGAAAAUUGCAAUAUGGCGGAUUGCGAGGCAGAAUUAUUAAUUAAUUUGGUAAAAUCAAAACGUGCGAUUUAUGAUUCAACAAUGAUGGAACAUGGAAGUCGUAGUCUAUUGGAAAAAUUAUGGGAAGAAAUUGCACAGGAAAUGCAUAAAUCUGUUGCAGAAUGCAAAGCAAAAUGGGCAUCUUUAAGAAAUUCUUAUGCUCGUGCAUUACGCGAUGGAAAAGCGCGAAAUUCUAAUUCAGGAACAGGACGAAAACGACGAAAAUGGUAUUUGGCUGAUUCUAUGGAUUUUUUGUAUAAUUUUAUGAAUCAACAUAAACCAAGUAGUACAAGUAAUAAUAGUAAUACUGUUGAAUAUUGGGAAGAGAAAACAAAUAGCCUCGAUGAACAUGAAGUAAUUGAUUAUGAAAAUGAGGAAGAAGUUGAGGAUGAAGAAUUGAGUACAGCAAAAAUUGAAUACGAGGAUCCAACGUCAACGGGACAACAACAAAUACAACAGCAAAGUCAACAACGUGCCACUAAUUCAAUAUCGAAAAUAAUAAAACCCACUGUCAUUAAUGAUGACGUUCUUGGGCCAAUAAUUGAUCAUCUUCUUACAGAAGUUAAAUCAAGCGAUAAAGAUAAUCCAGAUUGGAGUUUUUUUAAAAGCCUUAUGCCCGAUGUCGCGAAACUCACUGCAAAAAGACGAAGAAAAUUUAAAGAAAUUGUCCUCACAAAUCUCAAUAAACUACUCGAGGAGGAUGAAAUUGAAAGUGAUGAAUUUGUUUCACAGAAAGAAAUUUUUACAUUAAAACAUUACAAAGAGUAAAUUAAUUAAUUAAUAAUUAUUACUACUAUUAUUAUUUUAAUAUAAUUCAUAAAUAGUUUUUGUCAAUUAUUUGAAAAUCGUUGAAUUGUCAAUAUUAAUCAAUUAAAACAUUAUUAUUUAAGUAAUUAGUAAUUGUUUAAUUAAUAAUUUAUAUAAUAAUUGAUUAAUAAUUUACAAAUUCAAUCAUAUAAUUGACAAUAAUUCGUUAUAGAUAAACAUUUCUAUUAAAUGUAUUAUAUAUUUCUCUUAUGCAAGUUAAGCUUAGAAUUUGUAACAAAAAAAAUGUUUUUUUGACAAAGUAUUUCAAUUGAAAAAAAAGAAAGUAUUUUUUAUGUAUUUAAAAAUUUCUAACAAAAAAGUAGAACAAAACAAUUUUCUAACAUAAAAUAUUUUUUAAUGUUUAUUUAGCAUAAAAAAUAUUCAAAAAUAUGUCGUAAAAGAAAAUUCGAACUCUGUUAAAAAGUAAAAUAAAUGUAUUUUGUCAAAAACUUUAUAAUAGGGGUAGGGUGGGGGUAAAUGAAAUCUGUGAUUUAUAAUAUAAAAAGAGAGAGAAAGAGAGAGUAAAAGCGAUUAAUAUAAAAAGAUAUAUGGUUUAUUAAAAAAGUUCAAAUAAAAACAAA